UCCCUUACACGUCUUUCCUCUCUCUCUUCGACCUUAAGUCACCCACCCCGUCAAGGGAUUUCAAAAACACCCUUCUCUGCAUUCCAGUCCUGCUCGGCUCUUCAGCCAUUGUCUCAGCGUAUUCCUAGCCCGGUGCUUGACUACGACCUGACCUUUCGUCUUGACUCAGACGAGCCAUUCACCAAGCAACCUGAUUAGCCACUCGACGGAACGGCACGACCUUAUUCAUUCCUUCCUAUUGUUCACUUGCGUCAAUAGCAUAGAGCAGUGCUCAUCUAUCGACCCGGCAACAAGCAAACAAACUCUCUCUCUCAAAAACCACUCGACAACAACUAGACUUCGACUUUACGGUCCACCACACUCCCUCAACAACGAGAAAGGAAAGAACAACUAGAUCAACCAUCAAUCACCAUGAUGUACAACACCUUCACCACCGGUCUCGUGGCUACCCUGCUUGCAGGUGCCCAGAUCGCCUCCGCCCACAUCGAAAUGUCCUAUCCUCCCCCCUUCAGGUCCAAGUUCAACCCCAACGCCGACCCCGGUAGCAUCGACUACUCCAUGACGGCUCCCCUCAAGGAUACCGGCGCCGACUAUCCUUGCAAGGGCUACCAGGUCGACUUUGGCACUCCUUCCGGCAAGAGCACCGCUACCUUUGUCCCUGGCCAGACCUACAACAUGACCACUGCCGGCACUGCCACCCACGGCGGCGGUUCUUGCCAGCUCUCUCUCAGCUACGACAAGGGCGCUACCUUCACCGUCAUCGAGUCCUACAUUGGUGACUGCCCUCUUGCUGGCAAGUACGACUUCACCAUCCCUGCCGAUGCUCAGUCCGGCGACGCCAUCUUUGCUUGGACCUGGCACAACAGAAUCGGCAACCGCGAGAUGUACAUGAACUGCGCCCCCGUCACCAUCGCUGCUAACAACAAGCGUGACGUUGCUGGUGCCGCCUUCUCCACUCGCCCUCAGAUCUUUGUCGCCAACGUCGGUAACGGCUGCAAGACCGACGAGAAUUUUGACGUCCAGUACCCCCAGCCCGGCCCUAAUGUUGUGAAGGCUUCGGAUGCUCCCCUCAAGGGCCCUGAGGGCAGCUGCGGUGCCUCUGCUGCUCCUGCUGGUGGCUCUGACUCUGGCUCUGGCAGCGGUGCCUCCAGCUCCAGCUCUGUCGCUGCUGCUCCCGUCACCACCAGUGCUGCCGCUCAGACCAGCGCUGCUACUGGCGGUAACCCCGGCGGUAUCUUCAUCACUGCUCCCUCCGACGGUUCUAACCAGGGCGGCAUCUUCCUCCCCUCUGCCACCGACAUCGUCAACGCCCCUAGCUCCAGCGCCGCCGCUGUCGUGAGCUCCGCCUCUGUCUCCGUUCCAGCUGUCGCCACCUCUGCUCCUGCCGUCGCUACCACCCAGGCUCCCGUUCAGACCACCCUCCAGAGCAUCGCCAAGCCCAGCACCACCGUCGUCAGUGCUCCCGCUCCUAUUGCGACCGGCACCGCUCCCGGCAAUGGCACUGGCUCUGGUUCUGGCUCCGGCUCUACUGCUGGCGCCUACGCCGUUGGCACCGCCUGCACCACCGAGGGCGCCUGGAACUGCAUCGGCGGCUCCUCCUUCCAGCGCUGCGCCAGCGGUGCCUGGUCCGCCGUCACGCAGAUGGCUGCCGGCACUAGCUGCUCUGCCGGCGAGAGCGCUCAGCUCAAGAUGAUCGCCAAGAAGCACCUUGGUCGUUACCAGAGGCGUCAUGGGUACGCCCACCUCUCCAACUAAGGGGUCAACAGUGUAAAGGAGUGGACAGCACAGCAUCAUAUGAUACCCCCACAUGUAAAGCACCUAUCUUCCGUUUGUUUUGUUUUAUCAUCUUGAAAUAUUCGGGCUUUGGUCAGCUAGCUGGCUUUUUUUUUUUUUUUUUUC